UACCUCCCCCCCACCCCACCCCAUCCCCUGUAUCUGUAUAAUCUGCUUUUCCAUCUGACUUAUCUGACGUCCCACCACCUUCUCUCUCCCUCUCUCUCUCUCUUUCUCUCUCCAAUGAUCUUAUCUCCAUCUAGUUCUUGUGUUUCUGACUCUUUCCUCCUCACCCAUAUUUGGUAAAAACUAAGAAUCCCCUCUGCAAAAAUCUGUCUUUUCACACACGGAAGCUGAAGCUCCUGAGCCCUUCAAAGCAUGUCCUGUCUCAAAGAAUUUUGUACUGACCACUCCAGAUUGUUGUUGAUGCUGUGUAACCCUUGGUAACUCAAGAUAGCAACUUAUACUCUAAUAUCGGCUUCUGUCAAUUAAAUCAGCAGUUAUUUAGCACAAUUCCUGGAGAAGGAUCAACAUUUCAUUUCUCAUCCAACUAUGAUGCCUCCUAAUUUCAACAUUGAGUCUGAAGAUGAAUCUGAAGUGAGCAGCCAAGUAGCUUCCAAUCAAGAAGUCUCUCCUGUCCACUCCAAGGAAAGCAAUAACCACUCUUCCUGCCUGGAAGAUUCUCCAGGGCAUCACAAUGACACCAUGCCGGUCAUCCUCGACCUCACACUUGGCAUCAACGGUUGCGAUGCUGAGCCGAAAGGCUCAGCUGAGACUGCCGGUAGAGUGGCAGAGCAUCCCCCACCAGCUUCCCGAGUUUUCUCUUGCAAUUAUUGUCGACGAAAGUUUUACAGCUCGCAAGCAUUAGGUGGACACCAGAAUGCACACAAGAGGGAGAGGACACUAGCUAAGAGGGCCAUGAGAAUGGGAAUGUUCUCCGACCGAUACGCUAGCUUGGCGUCGCUCCCGCUGCAUGGGUCCGCAUUCCGGUCCCUUGGCAUCGAGGCUCAUUCUUCAGUGCACCAACAAAUUGUUCAAAGUCCUGGUAGGCCGUUGCACGGGAUAAGAGGCGGAGCCAGGUUUGUCGAACAAGGUUACUUCGGGUUGCCUGUGUACAUGGAUCAGUACGACGAAGCGGAGCUGUCGUGGCCCGGAAGUUUCCGACAAAUCGAGGGGCUUCAGGGCAAUCCGGGGCUUGAUUCCGGCCAACGUCCCGACAUAAACUUCAUAGCAACAGCUCCACCGGCGAGGAAAGAUUCAUCCCUUCCUGAUCUAAACCUAAAACUUUGAUAACAAGUUUUUGGCUAGUGCCAUUUUCUUUUGAACUCUUGGGAUUAAUUUGUUAUGUAUAUUGUACAGAGAUUUGAGUGGUUAGGGAUGAAAGUGAGGGUUGAUUCUGAAGCAUUUAUAGCAUUCAAAUUGAUGGAUCAUGGAUGUGAAGAUGCUGAAGGGAUUAUGUUGUUUUUGCUACUUGGGAUCAUAGACUUCAAUUUCACUCAAUUACCAACAAUUAAUGUAUUUUUCUCUACUUCCUAUUUGGA